UCUCCAGUUCUCUCAGUAGAAAACCUUCCAUAGCAAUCUCCAAUGGCGUCUGCUUCGUCUCUUCACAUUUCAAAAACUCUUCCACUCUCUGCUGCUUAUUAUGCCGAUAAACGCCCCCACUUGUGCCACAACCCUACAAUUAAAUUUCCUGACAGAAAGAAGGUGGUACCGGAGGACAUUUUAGAUGUCCGGCAAGUUCUGAACAGACAUCACAGGCAUUUGGAAGUUGUAGUUAAGUGGGAAGGAUUGGCAGAAUCUGAAGCUUCGUGGGAGGAUUGGGAUGCGAUAAAAAAUCAAUUUCCAAACUUCCACCUUGAGGACAAGGCGAAUGCUUUGGGUCGGGGUAUUGAUAAACCAUCAUCCGGUUCACUUACGGCCAUCGAAACAUGCUGGGGUGUCCGAAGUAAUCAGAGUUUUAUUGGUGGAAUUAUGUCUGAAAUGAAAGAUCCAUCAGCUGAGACGCCAAAAGUUUCCACUUCACUACAGAUAGGGUCCCCAAUCAUCAUAGUUGAAGCUCCUACAAUGUUGAAGACGGCAGCUUCUGUUCCUUGUCUCAGAGUUAAUUCUGGCUUAGUUAAAGCCGGUGAUGUUGGCAGGAUUAUGUCAAGGAAGCCCAAGGAUGUAUGGGCAGUUCGUCUGACUAUUGGUACUUAUCUCAUAGAUGGAAAGUACUUCAAGCCCUUGCAAUUGGAUAAGGAUAACUGAUUUGUUUUGUACAUAACGAUUAUGAUAAGAAUAGCACUGGACUAGGUUAAGUAUGUAACAUCUAAACCAAACAAUACUAGUAUUCCACCCGGUGGUAAGGUCUUGGAGGGUAAGAUUUAUGCAAACCUUACAUUUAGAGAGGCCGAUUUAGAGAAAACCCUCAGCUUGUGAAAAAUGUCAAGUAAUGCAAAAAAGGAAUGUUUCUAGACAGAAUUGUAAAAGAAAGCAAAGAGCCUACCCAGCUAGAAAGCACACCCUUCCUGUUCCUAUAAAAAGAUACUGCAAGCCUAUCUCAAGACUCUGGACCCUCAAACCCACCCUCUACAAGCACAACUACCCUAAUUAUCUAAUGUUUAACUCCUCAAAAGCGAGCACAUGGAGUCGGACCCAUCAUAGAUAAUCUUGUUCCUUCUCAUCUUACUAUGAAAACAAAAUACUUUCUCUGAUUCUGGUGUUCUUUUUUCUAUUUAAAUACCAUCUGCCCCAAAUCUGAGUUGGGGUUGCUUUUGGUUUCCUAACUUCCCAAAAGGAUCGUAGGUUUAAACAUGUCCGAAUGCCACCUUUGUGAAUUGGGUAUGCCUAAGGACAUGAAUUUGAUUUUAGUUGGUCUUGUUGUUGUAUGAGUUAUCUAUCUUGAACCUAAUCUUGUAAUGGAGUUAGGAGCCCCACACAUCUAAUGGUUUAUACGAUAUGUAAAAGAAAGUCAUACAAGGGACCAUCCUUGUGUUAUAUGCAAUCAGUUGCUCAUCUCAUCUGCUUUCUAUCCUUAUAAUUGAGGUGGCCCAAAGGUUGUACUGCCCUCUCCUUUAACCCACGGAAACAGGGCCUGAAUAUUAGAGCUAACCUUACACGCUUUCGUGACCUCAGAUCGGAUGAGUAGUUGCAAAAUGCAAAAUAAAGCGUUAUAUACGAUGAGUUAAGAGUCCCCACCAUUGGAUAGACUUGAACCAUUUCUUUUUUAUGUGUUUUGGAGAGUAAUCUAAUGGGGUUCCACAUAUUUUCUUAUAUUACCAAAGCCAAGAUCUACCGGUGUAUGGACUCGGACUCGACACUCUGAGGCAAUCUGUGUUUAUCUAGCCUAGGCCCUUCUUUACACUCUGGGACAAUCCGAGGCUUUGUUGGAGUCUGACAGCAGCUGGACUUGGACUGUUUCUCUUCCAUAUUUAUGAGACUUCCCUUCUCUCCCAAAAACUAUUUUUUCAAGGUUCGUUAGACCACCUUUAUGAUUAGUUUUCAAA